GUCCGCCCAGGUAGCGUUAUAACCGCGCUGCUCACUAUUUUUACGUCUAUAUCCAUAUAUACCUUCCUAAAAUGUACUCAAUUCAAUAUACGUAAUGAAAGGUGUGACAAGUUUUACCUGUUAAAAAUAUAUACAAGUUGCCCGAUAAAAAUUGCCAUCAAUCCACAUGUAGAUUUAAAAAGAGACUUUCUUUAUAUCCUGAAUUAAUAAAGAUUAUUUUACUUUUGACGUCGAGCAAACGCAAUUUUCAUUACGAAAAUGGAAAUUUGGUUGCACAAAUCGUACUUUUUCUGUAUAGUUUCUGCCUUUGUUUUCAUCUCGGUUUAUCAUGGUACAGAAAUGCAGGCAGAAGCCGGUAUCAAGUGCUGGGUGUGUAACUCGUUCAAUGAUUUGGGAUGCGGUGAUCCUUUUGACAAUUCGUCCUUUCCAAUCACAGAUUGUGACGCAGAGUUAAAUAAAAGAGCAAAUUUACAAGGAGUGAAAGCAACAAUGUGUAGAAAAUUGGUGCAAAAAAUCGAAGGAAAGUGGAGAUUUAUUCGAGGAUGUGCUUUUCUCGGGGAACCCGGCAUCGGAGGAGAUGAGCGUUUCUGCAGACGCUACUUGGGAAGUUAUGAUCUUUACACGGAAGAUUGUCUUUGCAGGAGCAAAGAUGGUUGUAACGGAGCAAUCUCGACGAAACACAGUUUGACUGAAUUCACAAUCAUCGUCUCAUCCCUCACACUUUUCUCAUUGUCUUUCAUAAUCAAGAAAAUAUGAUGAAAAACUGCUUAAAUUAACUGUAGGACCAUGACAUUUGUCUCUCCAACAUGCAACAAAACAUGACUUGACUUAAGUGUACAAUAUUUUUAUACAAUUUUUACCAAUAUAAAUACAUAUUUAAAUACAUAAACAAAAUUGUAAAAGUAAGUAACUGGUACCGGUAUGCAUUCCAAAAGAGAUUGACAAAAGAACAGCUAAUGCUGCCUAUAAUUAAAUAAUUAGUUUGUUUUUAGAAUAUUCUUCAGUAUUUAAGUAUGCCAUAUAUUUAUGAAUAACUUUUAAUCCGUCCAUGUCAUUUUUUACAUCAAAUUGUACUUAGAAAUCUCAAUGCAGAAUCUUUUAAUUAAUAUUAUUAGUACUAAUACAUCAUUGUGGAGCUUCAUGUUAUCCUUUAAAGUUGAAUAAAAAUUUAAAAAAUAUCC